CCUAUGUGAGUCAUGUGACAAGCUAUUAUUACCUCCACAAAACAAGGACGGAUUAUGUUCUCUUGUUCAUCCUCUUUGAAGGGGAACAAAAUUGCAGCUGGGCCUAAGAAUAAAAACUUGAAACAAAUAUACACAUUCCCUUAUAAUAAAAUAAGAUAUCUUUUCCUAUGGAUAUGCUGAUCUUGCCAUCUUUUUUGCUGCACAAUUUACAUCCUUUCUAGCAUCAUUCCAUAACUGCAAGCUCCCCAACUGUGACCCAAAUGCAGUCUCCCACAGAGUGGCUUAGUUUGAAAAUGGAGAAUGAAGGGCACGAGAGGGAGCCAAGAGAUUUGGUAAGGGAGGAAGAAGAAGAGGAAGAAGAAGAUGGGUUGCUUGUUAGAAGCUCAAAGUCCAAUGCAGAGAGGGGAAUCCCCAAAGUAGUGAAAAAUUGCCAUGCUGAGAAAGGUGGCUAUGCAGAUUUACUCUCUGUGACUGAAAAUGGAGCUCAAGAAUCAACCUUUGACUGUGACAAAAAAAGGGUCGAGGAGCUUGUUAACCCUACACAAGCCGAUAGAGCUGAAGAAGGAGCUCAAUCAGCUCAUCUCAAAGAUUACCUGCCAAGACUACAAAGUUGUGUUUACGAUGACAAAGAUGAUGAUGGGAAAUCAACGCCUACACCAUCAAUAAAAGAAUGCAAUGGCAGAAAUGCAUCAGACGUCUCUGUCAACGGGAGUCUGUAUUCUGAUCUUGAUUAUCCUCAAACUCUACCUCAAGUACCUAAUACAUUUCAGAAAUCAUCAACUGUUGAAGAGAUAGAAGCAGCUGCUGUUGACGAGAUAACUGAUAGUGAAAUUGACCCAAAUGAUUAUGAUGUCGAGAGUGUGCUCCAGAAGCAGAAUACUCACGAUCUGUACUGCCCAAAUUGCUAUUCCUGUAUAACCAGAAGAGUUAUUCUUCGUAAAAGAAAGCGAAAGAAUCGAAUUUCUAGUGAAGAUGCUAAGAGAAAUAAAUUUGAGUCUUCAUUUGGAUCUGAACAUGAAGCUUAUCCUACGCAAGUGACCAGUGAUCAUGGUCAUGAUGAUCCUCUUAUCAAUCUCGAGGAUACUCCGAUAUUAGAUGACUACAAUAGUGAAAGAGGGGUAUUUAGAUGUUUAUCAUGUUUCAGCUUCUUUACCCCAACAGAGAGCGGCUUCAAGUUGUUCCAAAUUUUUGGUGAGAAAGGUGGCAAAGAAAAUGCGAGAGAUGAUGAAAGAAUGAAAAUGAAGAAAAGUUGGUUUUCUUCAAUUUUUGUAUCAGAUAAAGGAAGAGGGUUUGCUGAUCAAGGUCCAGAGAAAACUAAUAAUGAAGAAACAAGUCCGCCUCUUCAUGUUGACUGUCAGGAAACUGAAGCUAGUAGCUUAAUUUCUCAUAACAACGAGCCUAAACGAGUGGAAAACAAUGUGAUGGGCACAGUCGGUAUAUCGGACCGUGCAAUUAUUGACAAGCAAGAUGUUGGUGCUGGGAAUCUGAUCAUCAAUCAAUUUAAAGUAGAUACCAAUCAUCAACUAAAUGUAUCAAAGGAAGUUAAAGUAAGUGGUGCAAUUGAUGAAUCAUGGACUCGAGAUGACAAAAGUCAAGUUAUUGCUGAAAGACUUGUAGAUGGUAGUUUGUCAGCAACCCAAACUGGAUUGAAGGUUUUGGUAACCUCAAAUGCACAGUCUUUGAGUCUGGGGAAGAAGCAAGCUGACCAAUUAUGCGAUAGGGAAGUGCAAAACAAAAGUUCAGAUGAUGAAGCUGUAAUCUCACUGAUAUCACCGGUUUCUGUACUUAAAGGAUCAGAAGGUGUUACUAAGUUUGAUAUUCCAACAGGUGCUCAUGAAGAUAAAGGCAAGGAUACUAUCAUAACUGUAGAAGAAGGGCCCACUGCUUUUGUAGAAUCAGUUAAUGUGCCACAUCUAGCUACCCAAAUACAUGAGAUGGAGCAAGGAGGCAAUGCAAGAGAAGGGAACAAAAUUGAGAUCAUCAAAAGCAUUGUAUAUGGUGGUUUAGCCGAGUUAAUCACAAGCCUAAGCAUUGUGUCAUCUGCUGCGGCUGGUGAUACUACUACAUUACAAAUUUUAGCCCUGGGUCUCGCUAAUUUAAUCGGGGGAUUUUUCAUAAUCCUAAAUAAUCUUUGGGAGUUAAAGAAAGAUUGCAUUGAGCAGGCUUCAAACCAAAUUACGGAGCAACCGGAUCGGUAUACAGAACUACUGGGCAAAAGAAAAAAUUUCAUGAUCCAUGCCAUUGUAGUUUUGCUCUCAUACAUCCUAUUCGGGUUAGUGCCUCCAACUGUGUACGCCUUCUUCUUGCGUACACGCAAUGAUGUCAGGGAACUCAAGCUAGCUACAGCUGCUGCAGCUUCACUACUCUGCAUCAUACUUCUGGCAAUUGGAAAGGCCUAUACCCAAAGACCGCCGAAACCUUACCUGAAGACCAUCACAUUUUAUGUUGUUUUGGGUCUCAUGGUCUCUGGAGUUUCAUUUGGUGCCGGUGACUCAAUCAACCGGCUGUUGCAGAAGUUCGGUUUGUUCAAGCCAAGUUCAUCAGAGAUCAGCUUGUACUUGCCUCGGGUGACUCCUCUAACGGAUGCCGUAACAUUGGCAUCAUCAAACUAAUCUGAUGAUUCGAUCAGUUCCUUUCUGCACUACAUAGUCCUAGAGGUUGAUCAGGCGUGUUCCGGGUACUUUGGACCAGCUCUGUACCAGCCCGGUUUCGGUCUGUUUCCAUAAAUGAGUCCUCCCCUAAAUCCCUAAUUUAGUGCUUUAUUAUUAAUUUAUGACUCUGCAUUUCAGAUUCUAUGCAUUAUGAGCCUUACUGUAUGAUUAUUGUUAGGGAUUAAUGCAUGCAGAUGAGAUUUAAUCCAACUAAUUAAUCUUUACACAUGGGUUUCUCCGCCCUAAAAGAAGAAAAAAUCC